AGGAGCAACAACUUUUGGUCCUUUUUGCCGGACAGCCGCUAUCUGCUGAACGAUGACACAUCAUGCAAACCGCGGUCGGUGGCUGGCGCGCUUUUCAGAAUAAAAUUAAUAACACGCCGUUCUACGUACAACGUGUUCAGCUGUUCAGUUGUCAAACCGCGUCCGUCUGAGCAACAGUGUGUUGGAUCGCGCAUUGUUGUGAUCGGAUGUAAAGCUCGACGUUUCAAACGGAUGAGCGUAAAACGUGACAGAAAAGCUUGGAAUAUAUUGUAUUUGUACACUUUUUCAAUGAAGCAAUCGACAGCUUUUAGUUCGAUACAAGCGAAUGUUAUUGGAACGCUAAAAUAAAAAGUUGACAAAGAUGGGUGCUGCGUUUCGUGCAGUUUUGACUGUGAUAUUAUUUCUUAAAUGCAUUCCUGAUCCAACAUGUGCCAUAAAAUGUUUCAAAUGUUCAGUAGCUGUACCAAUGUACUACACCAAAGAACCCAUCAGACUUUGUAAGGAUUUUGACUAUUCUGAUAAUUUCAUAGUCGACUGUCCAUAUUCAACGUUUUGCAUGAAGAGGAUAAGUACAGCUAAAAUCCCCGUACCUAUCAACGGCGUUGAACGAGACUGCGCCCUCCAAAAACUAGAAACGCAAGAAUACACGAACGGAAAAUGGCAUCCACUGAUCUCAAUCGAAGAACCGUACACAGAGGGCUGCGCCAGACAAGACGACAAGGGCGCGCGGACUUCCAUCAUUGAACACUGCUACUGCAGGGGAGAUCUAUGCAAUUCCGCACAUAGGACAACCGUAGCGAAAUGGCAGUAUGUCUUGACUGCUCUUAGUUUAUGGAUUUUAAAUCAUAUAGUUUAUAAGUAGGAUUUUUAUAUAGGAAAUAUGAUAUAAAUGUAAAGAUGUAUAUAAAUAUGUAUUUCAUGUAACGCUUCUCUUUAUGAGGUCUCUAUAGAAGUUACGUAUUUUUAAAGUAUCAUGGCAGUCUUUAAUAGACGAUGAAAUUGAAAGACAUUUGUAUUCAGAAUAAUCUGACAAUUUUUAAGCGCAGUAGAAUACAAUGCUUCUUGCAGAAUGUAUCCAUUCUCUGCAAAAUAAAAUGUUCCUAGGGUUAAUUUUUUUCCUGAGAAUCACCUGAAGAGCGAGAAUAGUUCCCGUAAGGCAAUACAACUCAUCCCACUUUCUAUCAAUUACUCCUACUUCCUCGUUUUCAAAAAUUGAUCCCCUGCUUGUUAUUCAAAAGUUUUAUGAAAAAAUCGAUCGCUAGUAAUUGUGUGUGCAAAAACACUUUCACCUUUGCUUGAAUUUCGACGAUCAGGAACCACAAGAGCAAAUGUGACAAAAAUUGUAACUGUAUCAGUAAAUUCUUCCAAGUCACCGAAAAUUAAUCUUGGAUUCGUAGUGACAAAUGACAUUUGUGUGAUGCUCCAGUUUUCAUCAUUUUUUGAACUCUUAUUUAUAUUUGAAAGCAUAUUAUUCUUAUUGGGAAACUAUGUAAAAAUGUCGAUGCUUGGUACGUUAUUGAGAUGUUAUACCUUCAUUUUUUGAGGAUGGGCUGAGUGUUAGAUCAAAAAAUAUUUUCAGAGUGUUGCAAAUGUUGUUGGAUAGAUAUUUUGGAAAUAGAAUUGAUGUUUAUUUUAAAAGCACUUACAAUUUAUUGAAGAUAUUAUACUAGAUAUAAAAGAUAAUAUAAUACGAUAUGAAUUAUCAAAUAUUAGCUUAAUAUUGCAAAAAUAGCUAUCUUGACGUUGACCAAUUACAGCUUCAUUUACUUAAUGAAAGCGCCUCGCAGGAGCAAUUUAAUAUCACUGAAAAACUAUUAACUUGUUGUAUAUGUGAUAGAUGAAACUGAAUUUGUCACAUAACAAAGUGAUAUAUUCAAAAUAAUAAUAAUAAUAAUAAUAGACGUCUUUAUUUAUCCACAAUUACAUUGUAGUAUAGCCAAAUGUCAGACUUAUAUGGCGAAGUUUAGCAUGCUGCUACUCUUACACUUAACCAUAUAGUCUCUAGCAGAUGUUCAAAAGAAUACACUAUCCACAAACAGAUUUGGUUCAUUACAUUGAAAGUAAAAUUUAAAAAAAAGAGAAAAAGGCAUACUUUCCAAACCCAAAUGCACCAAAAAAUUAUUAAUCUGAAUUAAAGAUGGAAUAAAAAAGAAAUGAAUGAUUACGUAAAUUAUAUGUUUGGAGGGUUGAGUAAUAAUGUUUUAACUUUUUGUCGAAAGACAGGUAAUGAAAAUUCUUUAUAUACUUUAGGAAGGUCAUUAUAAAUAAUAGAAACAAUGUAAGAAAAACUGCGUUUAAAAAGUGUAGAUGUAUGCAGGGGUAUUCUAAUAUUAUUUUCUCUGAGAGUUCUACAGUGAACACCAUUAUUAAAUGAAAUUUUUUCCUUCAAGUAAUUAGGUUUAGACGUGAGCAGCAAUUUGUGAACAAAAACUGAAUAGUGAUACUUGACCAUGUCAUUAAUUUUUAACCAGUUUAGAACGGGAUAUUUCGCCGAUACAUGAUCAAAUUUACGUAAGCCAAAAAUGAAUCGUAUACAAUUGUUUUGAAUAACUUGAAUAACGUUUUUAGUGAAAUUGUCUAAACAAGUAUAGUAUACGAUAUUACAAUAAUUUAGUAUAGAUAUGACUAAUGCUUCACAUAGUUUUUUACGCAUCUUAAAAUUUAGUAAAUACCCGUUUGCUAUAAGAGUGCGCAGCCGUAGGUAGGUUUUCUGAGGUAGACUAUUAACAUGUUCAAUAAACCUUAAUUUUGCAUCAAAAACAACACCAAGAAUUUUUGCAGAAUCAGAAAAUGCAAGAUUUGGUUAUUUAUCUGAAUGUUCAACAGCUGUGUUACAUUGUAUGUUUUUCUUUGUGCGCAAAAUAAUAACAUUUUAGAUUUUUGUGGAUUAAUAAGUAGAUUGUGAUCUAAAGAGUAUUUAAUUAAUUUAUUAACAUCGUUUUGUAAAAUUUGUGUAGUAUUAUUGACAUUAUCUGGGUUAAAAUAAUGAAGUAAUUGCGUAUCGUCUGCAAAUGACUGGACAUGAGAAUUAUCAAUACUUUUGCUUAAGUCGAACGUAUAUAUGAAGAACAGAAGAGGUCCCAAUACAGAGCCCUGAGGUACGCCUGAGGGAAUUAUUGUAUUAUUCAUGUAGUGCUUAAACAAUUCUUCAUACCACAAUCACAACUGAUAUUCCAAGUUCACAUAAUCAACAAGUAAAAUUAAGUAGUGCAAUAUUGUGUAGGUAUGUGAGCAUUAUCUAUUUUCUCAACUAAUGAGGAAAAUGUAUAGCAUACUGGAUAUUCCAGUCACAGUUGGAGAAUACCUGUGAGUCAGUGUAGUUAGGUAUUGUAAGGUUUGAGUAUAGUGAUACCAUAAAAAUAAUGUGUGAUAUCAUGAAUAUUAUAUUGCAUCUUUUAUAUGGUGAUAAAGCUAAAUAAUGUUCCAACUUCAAAUGUAAACAUCUUUUGUACCAACUUUUAAUAAAAUGCUUUAAAUGUAAGUAUCCAACAUUUUUUGCCUGUAAAGAAUAAUAUAAGUAUAAAUUGUAAAUGAAAAACAAACGAUUGCAAAGUUUAACCUACUGUCUUUGUAUUUAUCAUGGAAUAUGACAUCAGUAAAUACUGAUGAAUAGGGUUAUAUAGAAAUCCACUGAUGCUUAGAGCAUCAGUAAAUACUGAUGGUACAAACCACAGGAUCAGAUAAUGUUGCAAAAAAUUUCAUCACAUUUGUGGAGCAUAUACAUCAAAAGAGUAUAUGGAAAAUGUUCUGGACUGGAAAUAAC